AUGGCCAAGUCCAAGACCAAGGAGAGCAAGAAGCCCGCCGAGGCUCUCGCAGUCAAGGACGCCGGCGUCACCAAGGCGUCGCAGAACCCCAAGUCCAAGUCCAAGGAUGUCGCCAAGGCCGCCGCUAAGAAGGUCGUGAAGGAGAAGGAGGAGCCUUCCAAGAAGAAGAAGAAGGUCGUCGAGCCUGAGUCUUCGUCCGAGUCCGAGUCUGAGUCUGAGGAGGACUCCGACUCCGACUCUGACAGCUCCGAGUCUGAGGAGGAGAAGCCCGUCAAGAAGGCCGCCGUCAACGGCAAGGCUAAGGCCAAGGCUGAGCCCGAGUCUUCUGACUCCGACUCCGACUCCGAGAGCGAGUCCGAGGACGAGAAGCCUGCCAAGAAGGCUGCCGUCAACGGCAAGGCCAAGAAGGCUGAGUCUUCUGACUCCGAUUCUGACAGCGAGUCCGACUCUGAGGAGGAGUCCAAGAACGGCGCCAAGGUCGAGGCCGAGUCUGACUCUGACUCCUCCGACUCUGACGAGGAGAGCGAGGAUGAGAAGCCUGCUGCCAAGAAGGCUGAGUCUGAUGAUUCCGAGGAUGACUCCGAGGACAGCGACGACUCCGAGGAGGAUUCUGACGAGGCUGUCCCCGAUGCCGAGGCCACUGAGCCUGCCCGCGCUGCCAAGAAGCGCAAGGCCGAGACUGAGAUCGACGAGGCUCCCAAGAAGGCCAAGACUGAUGCCGCCACGACCCUGUUCGCCGGUAGCCUGAGCUGGGGCGUUGAUGACAACACUCUGUACGAGGCUUUCAAGGAGUUCGAGGGCCUCGUCAACGCCCGUGUCGUCACCGACAAGAUGUCUGGCCGCAGCCGUGGCUUCGGCUACGUCGACUUCAACGACUCUGACGCCUGCACCAAGGCGUACGAGGCCAUGCAGGGCAAGGAGAUUGAUGGCCGUGCCAUCAACCUCGACUACGCCAACGCCAAGCCCGCCGAUGCCAACCCCCAGGCCCGUGCUGCGGACCGGGCCAAGCGACACGGUGACUCCGUCAGCCCCGAGAGCGACACCCUCUUCGUUGGUAACCUUCCCUUCGAUGUCGACCAGGACAGCGUCAGCGAGUUCUUCAAUGCCGUUCGCGCGGUCACCAGCGUUCGCCUGCCCACCGACCCUGACUCGGGUAACCUGAAGGGCUUCGGCUACGUCAGCUUCGGAUCUAUUGAGGAUGCCAAGGCUGUCUUCCAGGAGCUCAACGGUGCUCCCAUUGGCAACGGCCGCAUGUCGCGCAGCGUUCGUCUCGACUUCGCCAGCGCCCGUCCUCCCCGUGAGGGUGGUGGCUUCGGUGGUGGCCGCGGCGGCGGUCGUGGCGGUGGUCGUGGUGGUUUCGGUGGCCGUGGUGGUGGUCGCGGCGGCGGUGGCGGCUUCGGUGGUCGCGGUGGUGGUGGCCGUGGUGGCCGCGGCGGCUUCAACCGCGGCGGCGGUGGUGGCGGUUACUCCGGUACCAAGGUCACGUUCGAUUAA